GGUUUAGUGGGAAACCUUUGAACGUCGUAUGGCGAGAUUUGGUGAAUGAUUAGAAGGAAAAGCUCGGAAGAAAGGAGGGAACCGUCGGACUGUCACAACGUGCAGGACAACAUCGUCGUCGGCCGAGGCGGAGUGCGACCCAAGGCACGCGCGGGUCCGGAGAGAAUUCGGAAGCCGGUGGCCAGAAGGAGGAACGAGUGCGUCGACGCUGCGAUGACGUAAGUGGGGCAAUGGCAGAUGUGGCGAUUUCGCGACGCAAUGCCAGACUGGAGCACCAAGAAUGUUUGCGGCUGAAUUGCGGGACCGAUCGGUCGAGCGAUGGGCUUCGUGGCCAUGGUCGGUGGCGCAGAGAGACUGAGUUCUUGUGGCUGGGUUUUGUGCAGCUCCGGCGUCAAUUUCGUGGAUUAGCGACUCGAGUAGAGGCCGAAUUGGGCGUCGAUCGAAUUGAGCCCGAGGUGUGAUCGAGGGCCGGAAUCGAGGAUGGCGAUGAUGGGGAGCGGGGCCGCCCCCGCGACUCUGUCGGACGUGUACCAGCAAGCGCGGCACGCGCUGCUCAGGGUGCGCGACGGCCUCGAGCGGCUGGAGCGCCUGGAAACGGCGGGCGGCGCAUCGGGCUCGGAUCUGGCGCAGGGCGUGCAGCGCGAUCUGGCGCAGCUGCAGCAGAGCAGCGUGGAGAUGGAGCGCCUGUGGCGCCAGCAGAUGCCCAAGGCGCAGAGAGAUCUGUGGAAACGCAAGGUGGAGCAAAUUGCCGAGGAGUCGGAUUCGUUGAAGCUCGGGCUGGACAAGUACCUGGGGCGGCAGCAUCGCCGGCAUGUCGAAGCGCAGGAGAGGGCUGAGCUUUUCCGGAGGACGAAUGGCGACUCUGCAACUAUUUUGCAAGUUCUGGACGAAGAGGCUCAAACGAUACAGUCCGUUCAGAGAUCGUCCAAUAUGCUCGACGAGGCAUAUGCUACCGGGGCAACCGUGCUGGCCAAGUAUUCCGAGCAGCGAGAGAGAUUGAAGUCGGCACAACGGAAGGCGCUUGAUAUCUUGAACACCGUGGGACUGUCGAACUCCGUGCUGAGAGUGAUCGAACGGCGACACCGAGUGGACAAGUGGAUAUCGUAUGUCGGCAUGUUCGUUACUGUGGUGAUCGUGAUAUCGGUCUGGAGAUGGGCCCGUGGAUAGUGACCGUGCAGACCACAAAUAACGCUGCCAUUCUUUAGAGUAAUGCCCUACUGGCCAAUCGUUCGUGCAAGCAGCACGCCAACGCCCGCAAACGCAGAUGAAUGAUGUAUUGUACAGCUGAAAAUGACUGCGAGAUGGUGCGAAGACGAAGAGACUUUGUACACCUUUCUGGUCUGAUCACAUUUCUCGAGUCAUGCUUUUUUCUCCCUUCUUGUAUCUUCUUCUUGUCCUCUCGUCCCUCUCCAGGCCAACCACCAUCCAUGGAAGCGCCUGCCUGGUGCCUGGUCUGCUCUGUCGGAGGACACACGGUCGAGCCUGAACGGGGUUGCUGGUUGCUCAUCGGGGCGACGAGUCACUUGGCGGUGUGCUGAGAUGACACGAGACGACACGAGAUGGUUGUGCUUGGCGAGAAACACGCACAGGACAUCCACUCGAGUACGGGCCGAAGCUUUUCCAGCAGAGAAUUGGAGCCCCUGCCUCCAAGACCGCACUUGGCGCACUUGGUCCUUGGAAGAAGCUCCUUCUGUCGCACAUAUUCGCUCGGCCAGAAGCAGUUCGGAAAAUCUGAACUUCCCUGUCUUGAAUCGGAGAAGUUCGAGAGGAAAGAGAGUUAGAUGCUUUAUCUUCACAUUGCAGCUUAGAGCAUCUGUCAGUGAGAAGGGGAGACGAAAAGACCAGGUCGAAAAUUUCCAGAAAUUUUGAGCGUUCGAGUCGUUUCGAGUUGUCGUCGGACAUGAUCAUUGUUGCUAGUUGAGAUGGAAACUGAGUCAUCGAAAUGAUCAUGUGUUACCUCUCAAAUCAAGUACUCGCUCUUGAAAACAGGAUGAUGUUACAACGCCACUGUAAAAAAAGUAGUAGGAUAAUUUCCGUCCUGAAUAGAAAUUUGAAAGAAUGACAUUUUAGAACUCCAUACAAGCUAUCAAGUCACCCGUGACUUUUGCUGGAAAUGGAGUAGUAGAAUUCAAGUUAAAUCUAGUGGACUCUUGUCUCUUUCCGUUUGUUCGGGAGUACAAAAUGAUGAGUUUUUUUACGAGUUGGUAGUUAUCCGCGAAACCAUGGAGUGAAUUUUCUUCCAAGUUUGUAAAGUU